AUGACCCGCCAGGAAGUUAACGAACUGCUCAGCCCCAUUUUAGUGGAGCUGCAAGAGAAGAAGAAGGAGAAAGGGCUCACCUUUGAAAAAAUUGCCGAGGCGAUUGACCGCAGCGAGUUGUACACUGCCGCAAUUUUUUACGGACAGGCCAAGCCUGAGGAGAAAGACCUCGAGGCCCUUUCGAGUGUGCUGAACAUCCCGAAGGACAAACUUGUCGCCGAGCUUGGUCCUUCAUUUUUCCCUCUCCGCGGCGGUCUUUCAAGCAGCCCACCCACGGAUCCUACUUUGUACCGCCUGCACGAGGCCAUGACUGUGUACAGCAUGCCGAUCAAGGAGAUUAUUAAUGAAAAGUUUGGCGAUGGCAUUAUGAGUGCAAUCGACUUCCGCGGUGCAGUGGAGCGGGUCGAAGACCCUGCCGGCGCCCGUGUCAAGAUCACGUUUGACGGCAAGUUUCUUCCUUUCCGUCGCUGGUAA